AUGUUCUGUGUGAAAUUUUGCAGUGUUUCAGAUGUUAAGCAUGUUUUGAUUUGUUCCAGUAGCCGGAUCGAGCUGGGAGAUGUGACGCCACACAACAUUAAGCAGCUGAAGAGGCUAAACCAGGUCAUUUUUCCUGUCAGCUACAAUGACAAGUUCUACAAGGAUGUACUGGAGGUUGGCGAGCUAGCCAAAUUAGCCUAUUUCAAUGAUAUUGCAGUGGGAGCAGUGUGCUGUAGGGUGGAUCACUCCCAGAACCAGAAGAGACUGUACAUCAUGACACUUGGAUGCCUGGCACCCUACCGAAGGCUAGGAAUAGGAACUAAAAUGUUGAAUCAUGUCUUAAACAUCUGUGAAAAAGAUGGCACUUUUGACAACAUCUAUCUGCACGUCCAGAUCAGCAAUGAGUCCGCAAUUGACUUCUACAGAAAGUUUGGCUUUGAGAUCAUUGAGACGAAGAAAAACUACUACAAGAGGAUAGAGCCGGCAGAUGCUCAUGUGCUGCAGAAAAACCUCAAAGCCCCGUGUCUUGGCCAGAACGCAGAUGUACAAAAGACCGACAACUGAACAAAACCCCAACGAACACUUUCUUGCACUUGCUUGUCGCCAAAUAAGGAAAGAGAGGCCUCUUGAUUUUUCUUUUUUUUUUUUUUUUUACUCCAUCCCUUCAUCUUCUUAAGUUGUUGAGUUGUUUUUUGUUUUGUUUUCCUUGACCUCUCUCCAACAAAAUGUAAUGCUUCUUCCAAGGAUUGUCCAAUCAUGUUCGGGGUUGGGUGGUUUUUUUUGAGCUCUCCUUUCUGGGUUUUUUUUGUUUGCUUGUUUUGGGGUUUUUUGGGGGGUCAGAAAAGGUGUGCAGAUCUCCUAAUUUUGAGGUGUGGAGGGCUUGAGCAGGUUAUCCUGAUGACAAGUUUCCUUCAGAAUGAUCUCUUUCAGUAAGCAGAAUGUAAAUCAAUGGGGGGGGGAAGGAAAAGCAAUAUCUUGUCCUUUGACUCCUACAUUAUUAUGUUUUUUUAUAACCUACAGGGUACUUUACUCCCCCCCAACCUUUGAAUGUUACUUCAGUACUUCCCACUCUUCCUCUUAGUUCCCCCCGCCUCAAAAAAGUAUGUUUAGUUCUUUCUGAUAUUUUUGAGUAUGGCUUUUUGCUCCAUCUUUCGCUGAGAAGGGCGGGCUACUUUACCAUACCUUUUCACUCUGCC